GGUCAACCAAGAGGUUGUUGUGUCAGAUGUCAAAGAGUUAAAUGAAGUCAAGCAAGAGGAUGUUGUCAAAAAGCAAGUUGAGGUCAAGCAAAAAAAUGUUGUGUCAGAUAACAGUGAGUUAACUGAAGUCAAGCAAGAAAAUACUGUGCAAGAGGUCAACGGGUUAAUUGAGGUCAAGCAAGAAUAUGUUGUGCCAGAAGUCAAAGAGUUAAGCCAAGUCAAGCAAGAAAAUACUGUGCAAGAGGUCAAAGAGUUAAUUGAGGUCAACCAGGAAAAUGUUGUGUCAGAUGUCAAAGAGUUAACUGUUGUGAAUCAAGAAAAUAUGUUGUUGAAGGUAUUUGGGAAGGUAAAAGAGUUUGCUGAUGUCAAACAAGAAAAUGUUCUGUCCAAGGUCAUUGGAAAAGUCAACAUAUUUGCUGAAGGUAAUAGGCAAGAGGGAUUUAGAUAUCAAAUGAAAGAAGACACUGAUACAAGUCAAAAUGUUUUGUUACAAGAUGAUAUUGUCCAAAACAACGAUCCCAGUUCUAAUGAUAAAAGGGGUGAAGAUUCUCUGAAACAAAAUGAGGAGUUCCAAGGAAUGCACAAUGAAAAUUGUGAUGAUGAAAUUGAAGGGGAGAAAAAUGAUGGUGAACUGGAGUAUAAUGGUGGUUGUGACAGCAAUGAACAUGGUCAUAGCCAAUCAUUGUAUGAAUUGGCUGAAGAGAAUGUAAGUCUGUAUAAUAGUAUUACUACUACAUGUGAGGACAUGGUCAAAGGUGGAGAGGUUUAUAUAAAACAUAU